AUGGCCGACGGAGGCGGCUGGAGCACGAUCGAAUCAGACGAAGGCGUCUUCACAUCGCUCAUCGAGAACCUCGGCGUAAAAGACAUUCAAUUUGAGGAGCUCAUUUCGCUCGAUGCCGACACGAUCCGCUCACUAAGGUACUUCCCCCCUCCCGCAAGCACCGUGCGCGACACUCCCAACCUAACAACCGCCAGCCCGGUCUACGGCGUCAUCUUCCUCUUCAAAUACCUGCGCGACCCGGCGCCCUCUAGCACAACCCCGCAAGACGGCACGUACGACACCAACGCCAGCACAGACCUCUUCUUCGCGGCCCAGACGAUCCAGAACGCCUGCGGCACGCAGGCCAUCCUCUCGGUGAUCCUCAACCAGGACACGGCCGCCAGCCACGCGCCGCCCAUCGACAUCGGCAGCGAGCUGCGCUCGUUCAAGGACUUCACGACGGGGUUCCCGCCGGACCUGCGCGGCGAGGCGCUCUCCAACUCCGAGACCAUCCGCACUGCGCACAACGCCUUCGCGCGUGCCAGCCCCUUCGUCGACGAAACCACCCGCCCCGCCCGCGACGACGACCCGGACGUCUACCACUUCAUCGCCUACACGCCUGUCAACGGCACGUUGUACGAGCUGGACGGCCUGCAGCCGUACCCCAUCAGCCAUGGCGCGUGCGAUGCCGACACCUUCCCCGAGAAGGUGAUUGGGGUGCUGCAGCGGCGCAUUGCGCGGUACCCAGAGGGUGAGACGCGGUUCAAUUUGAUGGCGGUGGUGCGGGAUCUGAGGGCGCGGGCGCGCGAGACGGGGGAUGUGGAGCUGUUGGAGCGCGAGGAGAGGAAGCGGCGCGCGUGGGCGUGGGAGAAUACGCUGCGUCGGUCGAACUUUGUCGGCUUUAUUGGCGAGAUGAUGAAGGGCGUGGCUGGGAUGAAGGAGCGUGAGGGGAGGUUUGAUGAAUGGGUGCAGCAGGCGCAGUUGGAGACGCAGCAGAAAUUGAUGAGGCGGUGA